CAGAACCUGAUGUGGUGAGUAAAGAGAACGCGUAAAGAUGACUUCUUUUUGAACUUUCAAUACUCACAGGAGGAACGUCAGAAACGUGCCGAAGAAACCAUUCUCAUGCAACUGGUUCCUCGAACUCCAAGAAGUCGGGAGAAACUAGAUCCAAUUGCAACUUCCAGUUCCGGCAAAUCGAGCGAGAUCACAGAUGGCACUAUCUACGUGCCCGUCUCAGACAUUGACGAACCAGAUCUCGCAGUGAUGGAUAGACAAAGUCAAAUGGAAGUGGCCAAACUGAGGAGAAUCCACAGAAAACACCAACUAAGGGAUCGUAAGGCUGGAAAACCACCAUAUUUGUACCUGUACGAACCCGGCGUGGCCCGUGGACAACCGAAGAAUUCCGGACGUUUGCGAACACAACAGGAGAAAGCGACGCUGGCCAAAUCUCGCGGUGAUACUCAUCAGCUGGCGCAAGAGAGCACUAAGCUAGAUGUGGCCGGGUCUUCAGAAGGUGACCAGUCACGUUCCCACGACAAGGAAGACCAAGGUGAUAGAACGAUGGGAGAAGAGCGAUCGUCAAGAUCGUUGGGACUGUGCGAAACUAUCAAGGACGAACAGCUUCGGACCACCAUGGAACCGACGGAAGAAUCUGGACAAAAGCUUGUUUUGAACGAAGAGAGUGAGAAAUCACGACAAAACGACGUAUCCUACAGAGAACCCCACCGAAAGGACAAUACCAAUGCACGGAAACACACAUUGUUCCCGCGAUCGCCCCCAAUGCCAGACAAGACGGUGCCUGGUGCAGUUCCUACCAUGGUCUUCUCGGCGUCGAAGCCACCUCAUGGUGUUUUCAUUCCGGCUUCAUCUGAGGCCAGAAAUCGCGUUCAGUCACAGAACAUAACAUCUCCCCGGAAGCUAAGACCUGUACGAUCGCGGCCACACAGCUCAAGGACGGCAGGUGACUUGGAUAUGUAUCAGAUCGCUGGUCAGCAUAGACCAGAGUGUAACAUUAGCGGGGAAAGUGAGGGUUUGCCGAAACUAAUCAGCAGUAGAUCAGACGAAACCCCAUGUGUUGUCAGAUUUAUGUAUCUUGGCGCAACUCGGUUAGAAGAAGCCGCAAUAGGCAGAACCAGUGAACCUGGUUCGAGGGCUGCUCGAGGUCAGACUGGUGACUGGGCACAGAGGACCAAACGACUGAUUACGGUCAGUCAGCAACCGAGUGGGACAAACACAAUCACAGUUUUCAAAGGUGUCUUACAACCUGGAGAUGUUUUCGAGUUCACCAGUCGCCGCGUUUUCGGUCACCCGUUCUCACUCUCCCUGUGCAUUGACGGUACACAGGAUGCUCGGAUUAGUGCCUGUUGUGAAUAUCGGCACAAGUGUGGGAUGAGAAUUGGCGGGAAAUAUGGACACUUUGUAUACCUGAGUGUGGAAGGUUCUGUGCCGUGUUUCAAGUGCCAGGCUGCCCAAAGUGUUCGAUUGGAAGGAGAGAAAUUGAAGAAAGAAAGCAGACCCUCUGAUUUACUGACGGAAUCUGGUGAUAGUGUCGAACAGCACCGGGAAAAUGACGAGUUAUCCAGCGUAAACGAACAAGACUCUUCCAAUCCGAGUGCCCUCUUAUCACCGGUGGAAAGAUUUGGUACAAACAUCACUCGACGCAUAGCCAGCUCAACUCGGUGGGAGCAUUUUGCCACAGGUGUUACGGAAGAACUGCCGUACGAAAUGACUGACGAGCAGCCUGAAUGGCUGGAAGAAAAAUUGCAACUUGGCUCGGAGGAAAGCGACGAAGAAGCGAUACAACACUACUGUCAAACACAGGAAUCGAUAAGUCACCUGUCGAUGAGCACAGAAAGAGAAUGUUUUCGUGCGUAUUCUAUGGAGUUUGACAAUUAUCGAGAGGUGACAACCGAGCAAGAAUAUUACGAAAACAUCUAUGAGGAAGAGGCAGAUGAGGACGACUCAGUGCCAGAGGUGGAGGAAGGGGGUGAAAAAAGUGUAGAUGUAUCGGAAGAUCAAGUGCGUGAUGAGGUGGAUGACAUAGGAGGCGGUUUGGAAUCGGACUACGAAGCUGAGCACCCAGUAGAAGCUACUCAAGGUCAAGAGAACAGUGAGGAGGAAGAAAAUGGCGUCAUUGUAGAAAAGGUGGAUGCGUUUUAUCAGCACAAAAUGGCUGCAUUUAGCUCUGCUCCAACAGAAGUGCAAAACUAUGUCGACAGUGCUCUACCAACUAACGGGAUCUAUGAGAAUACUGUUCCGCUCUAUGAAACCUCAUCUGGGGAUGUGCACAAUAUUACAGGUUGUGAUUUACUCAUCACUGAUGUAACGGAAGAGGCGAUGUUGAGUUAUUACGCUGCUUUGGAACCCAUGGAUCCUCACAAUUCGUCCGCCUCAGGCGAUUCGUUCACGCAUGCUUUCUCAACCACCGUGCAUUCUGCUCACCCAUGUGCUAGGCUUUCCUCAGUGACUAUGGGUUUUGAAAGUGAGCAGCUCCAAUCACCGACCUGGUAUUCGAAAGUGGAUUUUAUUGGCGGGUCAGUUUUGAUGGUACCCAGAUGUGAGAACGAACAGACUGGGUACAACGUUCACAAAGACUUGGAACGUUGUUGUCAAGGCGUUGAAACCUCGUCUAUAUCCCCGUGUACCAAUGGGACAAGGUCCGUCACAUUCACUUCAGCAAUGAGUGACGCUAAAUCACCGGAUAAGCGGUCAGUGGAAGCCACCCGCCAGAUCAAAUCGGUAGGACCUCAGUUUAGACUGAUCGGUGAUGAUCAGAGACCACCUGUGACAGAAGAGCUGAAUGCACUGUACUCCACUCAUGCAUCUCCUCAGAUUGUUCGAGAUAGAUUUAACGUCCUGUCAGCGCCAGAAUACAAUUCCGCUGGGUUUUUCACCAAGAUCCAAGACAGGACAUUUGACCAACCGAAGAUGGAAUGGAAAGAAGCUGUGGAUGAAACCAGUAACAAGCGACCUGCGGUACCCUCGGUUCAGAAUCGCACAAGUAGUAUUGAUCGUGCUGUGGAAAAGUCUGGAGCCUCAACUGGGACACCUACAGCCUACCGAUCCAAGGUGGUCUAUCGAUCGAAGGAUUCGCUGGCAGCAGAUCACCAUGGGACCACAACGCCUUCAGCCAACGGAUUUGCUGAAGCCAUCAGAAGCACCAGGGACACUGCGUUUCUAACCCGUAAACAUACGAUCUGAAAAAUGUGGAAAUUUGCAGGAAUUUGUGUUUACUUAUGGCCGCCAGUUACAUCAGUUCCAUUGUUUUUAUUUUCUUUAUUGAACAAGCUGCCUACGCUGCGGAUUUUGAAGAACUGCAAUCCUCUGGAGAUGAUACUCACAAGUGCUCCAACCUAAGAAAGACAGGCGUUUCUUCAGAUAAUUCACGACAUUCUUCCGGGACAAAGUCGACUGAAUCAGCCAACGAAAGUGAUUGGUCGAAAAAAGGCACGUGAACCCUGCAUGAUGUUUACCAGCCACGUGACUCAACGUUAUCACGUCAUCCACUCGUGCACCAGCUGUUGUCCCAUUUGUGUUGUGACCUUGGGCAUUUCUGUUCUGAAGCGCCAACGUUGUUCUCUCUCUUCGUUUCAAUCAUUUUCUCCUGCAUUUUUCCAUUUCUCAUCUGGCGCCCCACUGCAUGUUUGCUGACCUUAUCGAUGUUUCGGCAGCGAGAUGCACUUUGUAAAACCGUGUAAAUUCACUGAAAUGUGAAAUGGUUCACGGAAGACCAUGGUAUGAUUAGCCUUAGUAGGUACUUGACCGUUUUAGUACGCUACGUAUUCACAUGCGAGAGUUGUUUGUGAAUUUACGAUUGAUCUGACGAAGGAAUGUGCGGAAGAACGCAAGCACGCAUUUGUUCUCAGCAAUGUACGACCUAUUUCGUGAGAUUUUACAUUCCAUCACUGUCUCAGAUAUGUUAUUUUUGUAGCAAGUUGCAAAUACACGCUAGUGGGUGCUUGCUUACACGGACUUUCUUUCCAACCGCUAGCUAAAGUACCAGCUGGUAUGUGUUUAUUGAAAAGUAUACAAAAAUUUAUUGCUUUGUGUACGUCGCACUUUGCAUUAUUUCAACUCUUCAAAUACAGGAUUGCUUUCGACCUACUACGUAUAAUCAGUUGGCUUGGCCAUUAUUUUACUAUGUCAAUAUUAUCCGCCUCCCAUGCGCGGAAAUAUACCUC